AUGACCACUCUAAGCAGCACGGCCGAGAUGAUGAUGGACAAAGGUUCCUACAUGCGAGGCACCAUGCAGGGACGCCGAGUCACAUAUCCAUCCGGAGCCCGCCACCGAUAUCCAGGGCUCAGCACUUACCGACAUCUAUCUGCUGGGGAGUCCAUUGAUUUGACCGUUCUCCCUGUAAUGCACAUUCGAAUUAGACUUCCCUUUGCCUCGCCGUCUUUAUUUUCUUUCACCCGUCUCAAUUCUCCCGCCAUGAUGCAUUGGUCGUUCGUUCUUUCAAGUCUGGCUAUUGUGGCUAGCCCGACUGGUGCCUGGCAAUACAUCUCCCCUGAUGCUCUUCCGUCCGACACUCUGUCUUCCAGUUGCAAGGCUGCCUUGGUGGUCGAUAUUUCCUGCCCUUCGCAGGUGUCUACCUUUUUCCAGAGACAAGCUGUUCCACUUGACUCUCUGGAGGAGGCAUGCACCUCUGAGUGUCGCGCCUCAUUGGCCGAGUACGAGGCCGGCCUCAAAAUCAAAUGCGACGAGAAAGAUGUAGUCGACUACAACCCAGGUGCUAACCCGGUCCACGUGUCUGUCGUGGCGACGGACAUGCUCUAUCACUUCAACAGGACCUGCAUCAAGGACGGAGAUAGAUGGUGCAAUAUCUGGGCCUUUGAGAAUUCGCCUGACAGUGACCCUAGUGGCUCUUCUGCCCCUUCAACUACGGCUUCUAUGGACAUGUGUGACAGCUGCAUCAUUAAACCCUUCCAGUUUAUGGCCGGUAACUCCUACUCAGAUGGCUUUGCUUUGCAACCGGAUUACUCUACCCUAACUGAAAGCUGCUCCCAGACUGGCUUCCCAUUAGCAACCACGACAACCAUAGAAUCACCGACCACUUCAAAUCCCUCGCUGGCUUGCUCAGGAAAACAGUACACUAUCCAGGCCAACGACACAUGCCAGUCCAUCUCCAACGCUAACAACGUUGCCACUGCUUGGAUGUUGUACGACAACAACUUGCAGGCCUUCUGUGCCCGUUUCCCAGCUGAGGGAGAGAGAAUAUGCAUUGUGAACCAGUGCAAAACGUACACUAUUCAAGCCAACGAUACUUGCCAGGGCAUUGCCGUUGCGUCUAAUAUAACCAGGGUGCAGCUUUAUACAUGGAACCCUGUUCUCGGACCAGCUUGCAAUCGCAUGUCCUUGUCUGUUGGCGACAGCAUCUGCCUCGAGCCACACAACGACGAGGACUAUACGUCCCCAACCCACGUGUCCACCACCCAAGCACCAAAACCUACUGCGGCCCCAGUCCCUUCCAACAUCGCCAACGGUACAAACGAGAAUUGCGCCCAGUACUACUUUGUCCAGGAAGGUGACUAUUGCAACCAGAUCAUCGUCAAGUUCGGCAUCUCUCUCGCAGAUUUCCUCUUCCUGAACCAAGGAAUCAACGCAGAGUGCACCAACCUCAUGGCCGAAGACUCUUACUGUGUUGCGCCAGUCGGGCCUAUCAACAUGUACCCUGGGCACCCAGACUAUGUAGACCCGACUUCGACCAUUCCCAAUAUUCCCUUCAGCGACCUGCCCAAGGCUACAUUCACCCCGCCAGCAAUCACGGGUCUGCCUGCUUACCUACCCAGGGCCAAUAGUACCAGGAAAGAUUGUCUCAUUUACGUCAACGGCACGGAUCUACAGGUAGACAUGAGCUGGGGCUCUUCUUUCUCGGGGUGCGUAGAACUGGCCAAGAUAUGGGGAAUAUCCCUUGAUGAGCUGCAGAAUUGGAACCCUUCUCUCAACACAACUUCUCCUGAUUGUGGUUUCAGCGAGGGUUUCAGUUACUGCAUGGCUGCCUAUAUGAAGGUAAACACUUACACGGGUGAAGACGAGGCCGGGUCUACGGCUACCUCAACUAGCACGGCUUCCACGCCUACUACGGACACGACCGCCGAGCCGACAGAGACCGAGCUUCCCAUCAGAGACGGCGCGGCAGAGGGUUGCACCAAAUACUAUGCUGUCGUUCCACCGCAGACGUGUCAAGAAGUCUUGGACGCAAACAACCUGACCAUUGCCGAGUUCUAUGCCAUGAAUCCCUCGAUUGGCGCGGAGUGCACCACCCUCUGGCCCAAUUAUAGAUACUGUGUUGAGGUAUUACGUCUCCGUAUCCCGGCUCUAUCUCUGCGCCUCUUAGGUUCCUCGCCACGCAACAUGACUUCCCGCGGCGGCGGUUCCCAAUCCCCAGUCAACAUGGCCCCAUCUGCAAGGAAGCGCACCGAAGGCGCGCAACCCAGACCUCUGAGACCCUGCGUCAAUCACAACGUUAUCUUUAACGAUCACACUGGCAACCCGAGCCUCAUGUCGUGGUACGGGUUAGAGAACAGGCCUAAUCUACCUCAUUUGCCCUCUUGGAUCUUCUACAUGGUUAACCCAGAAAUACCACGCGACUUUGACGGCUGCACAUUUGUUUUUGGUUUUGAGAGCAACCGUUUGCUUUAUUGCGCUGGCGGCUUCAGAUACGAGUUCUUUUUUUUACCCGGUGCCACCGCCCAAGAAUGUAUUGCGCAUUAUCGUGGCGAGAUGGCUGCUCGAGGUACCAUGUGGUGCCAGGUCCGCAAGGUGAAGAUGGCCUUGAAAGAAAAGCAUGAGGCGGGCGAAGAAGGAGUGGGUGACUCAACUGAAACGCUGUCCUCUGGCGAUGAGGAUGAGCCUCAGUCCGGUAUCACAGGUGAAGGACUCCCAGGCUUGCCUUGGCCGAAAAGGGGUGGUGACUGGUAUUUUACCAACUACCGCAGCUGGCUCUUUAUGUAUUUAGAUGCAGACAUUCAUUGGGGCCCUGAUCAAGAUCACAAUUUCUGCCUCGUCAAAUUCGACCCUAUGCCCAUCGAAUGGGAGGAAGGUGAAAGGGUCAGAUGGGAUCCGAUGGAACACCCUAUCCAUUCCGAGCAUAUGAAGGCGAGGCAGAAGGUAGGUGACAAGGGGACCCUUAUAAGUUGGAUGGGCGAUAGAAGUCAUGACCAUUGGGCGCGAGAGGCUAGCUACGCUACCGAUGACGCUGAAGACCUCGGCUGGGAGACUUGGUAA